GUGCGGACGUGGGUGCGGACGUCGCGUUAAAAAAAGCGUUUUAUUUUUGCCGGUAGCAUUAACGGCCGGCGUGCGUGGGAGAGUCGCUUUAAAUUAUUGCUUGACAGCAGCGGCAAAAACGAGAAUCAAAAAAACAACAAACAACAGAUCGUGAAUGCAAUAAAAGCAAAAAUACAACAACAACAACAAAAUGCGUAACUAAGGUGUUGCAUAUUGUCUUUAGAUAAGAAAACAGUGGGACAACAACAACAACAUGUGUAGUUAAAGCAAACAGCUUUAAAAAAAUAUAUAAGUACAUACAUGCGUCUAUCUCUAUGUAUGCCUGCUGAGUGUGUUAACAAAGAAAAUAAAGUUAUGUGAAAUUUAAUAUCAACGAAUGAUAUCAUUCGCAGUGCAAACGUGAAAAUUAGUAAAGAAAAAAAAAAUAAAGUUAACGAAGAGGUGUACGUGCAUGAAAGUAAUAGCUAAAAUAAAUGAAAAUUGUUGUGCAUACGCCGGUGGUCGUUUAGGGUUUUUGCAGUGUUUGUUUUUGUUUACUGGCACUCGCUGAGUCGUUAAUUCUGCGUCUUCUGCACACACACACACACACAUACACCCACACUCUUGUUGUGUACAUGUAUGUAUAGUUUUUAUGUAUGCGUGUAGUUAUGCGUACGCUUGUGUGUUUGCGUGCUUAAACAGGUUUUUUGCACAGUUGGAGCUCGUCAAAGUGACAAGUGUUGCAGCAGCGGCGGCAGCAACAACAACAACCGAGACUACAACUGCAAUUGCUCAGCAUGUUCAAACGUCAAUUUCGAAUGCGCAACAAUUCUUUAACUUUAUUAUUAUGUUGACAAGCAAAGUCUGUUUAGCGUCAGUAGCUGACCAAAUUAAUAAUUAUAAACAAAUGUGUCAAGUGCAAUAAGUAAAUAGCAACAAUCAAAAAGUCAUACGUAAUAAUAGUAACUAUUGCUCAACAUUUUUAAUAUAAACAAAUAAACGCUUUUGGCCAAUCCAGUACAACUACAACGGCCUCAACACGGAGUCGUUUGAGUUUUUACCCGUUGAGGAGGACGACUUCGACAUGGAUAUAUUACCAAGUGGCAAUAUAUUCAAUGAACUGGAACGCAUCUGCAACACCGGCUAUUUCUCAUCGCAGCCAUCGAUUGAGGAUCAAUGGCAGCAGACGUGCUACGAGCUGGAGCAAUAUCUGCGGGAUGAGCCCAAUUUGCAGAAUUACAAGAAGAUGCAUCCGGAUCUGGAUACGGCCUGGAAUAUAUUCUCAACCGCUCCCGCUCGCUUGCUCGAAGAGCUUAAGAUUAAGAGUAGCCUAGAUGCCAUAUCGACCACAUCCUCUGUCUCGUCCAACUGCUCGGGCAUUUCGUGGGACAGCAGCGCCAGCCAGACGCAGCUGCUCAGCUGCGCGGUGCGCGUCAAGCAGGAGCAUCUGGAUGAGGACGACGAGGAUCUGAUGCCGCACGCUCUUGUUGCCUGUGAUGAUAAGUUGGGCGCUCUCUUCGCAGCGCCAUCCUCAGCCAUAUCACCCAAUCCUAGCAUUAGCAGUGCCGGCAAUAUCACACCCACCAGCAACAGCAGCAGCAGCCACAGCAGCAGCAGCAGCAACACGAGUCGCAGCAGCUGUCUGAGCAGCUUUAAGAGCAACUGCAACACCAUAACAUUGAGCUCGGCCAGUGGCACGGCGCCGGCCAUAAAGGUGCGCGUGUUGCACGCCAAGACGACGCAGCGGCAACAGUUGCAGCUGCAGCCGGGUCAGGGGCAAGGUCAUGUGCAUGACUUUUUGCUGCCCACGCUGACGCCGCCCUCCUCGCCCGAGUCCAGCCUGCGCAACAGUCAAACGUAUGUGCAACAAGCCGUUGCACAGCAACUGCCACUCAAAGUUGAAGCCUGCGAGCUGGCAACACUUGUGCAGCAGCAGCAGCAGCAACCAACAACAGCAAUGCUGCUGUCAAGCGGCUAUAAGCAUGCAACCAAUCUGCAGCUGCAGCAGCAGCAGCAACAAUUGGCCAUGCAACACUUGAGCAUAACGCCGCAGGCGUUGAGCUCAGCCAGCAAUGCCAGCAACAGCAGCAGCAACAACAACAACAGCAGCAGCAGCAGUAGCAACAAUAGCUCCUUAACUAGCAACAACAACAACAACAACAAUAGCAGCAGCAAUAGUAGUGCUGAUAAGACUGCAACGGGGAGUCAGCAGCAGCAACCACACCACAGCAACAUUCCGCGCAGCACCAUCGUACGCUUAACCACAGCCAAUGGCAAACCGGGCAGCGCCGGCAUCAGCCUGGCACGCGUCAUCCAAAUGCAAAACAAUGGCAAUGCCAAUGUUGCUGCUGUGCUCAACGCUGCGGCUGUCAAUAGCAGCAGCAAUACAAACAACAACAACAACAGCAGCAACAACAGCAGCAACAACAGCAGCAGCAAUCAGCAACAGCUAACGCCACAAAUUAUUGCCGUGGUUACGGCUACAGCACGUCCUGAAAAAUCAGCAACUGCCUCUUCCAAAAAUCAUCACCUGCGCCAGCAUCACAGCGAUCACAGCCCGGACGCGAAACGUCGGAUACACAAGUGCCAAUUUCUCGGUUGCAAAAAGGUCUACACCAAAAGCUCACAUUUGAAAGCACACCAAAGAACGCACACAGGUGAGAAGCCAUACAAGUGCUCCUGGGAGGGCUGCGAGUGGCGCUUUGCGCGCAGCGAUGAACUCACACGACAUUAUCGCAAACAUACCGGAGCUAAGCCCUUCAAAUGCCGCAACUGCGAUCGCUGCUUUUCACGCUCCGAUCAUCUGGCUCUGCACAUGAAGCGUCACAUGUAAAGUCAGUUGGCGUUUGGACUAAACAUCACAAGAAAGUAAAUCAAAGUAAGAGUAAGAAAGUUAUCACACAGCUUUUGCUUGUAACAUUCACAUUUGACAUUGAACUAUAAUUCAUAUAGUUAAUGAGAAAACCAACAACAGCAACAACAACAAACUUCGUGUUUCAGUGCCGUAAUAAUAUUUUGUUAGUUUAUUACAAUUGUAAUUUUCCCCCAUAUGCAUUCGCAAAGGCAUUUAAAAAAUGUAGAACAAAUAUUGUAAAGUUUACCAAAGCUAAGAUCUACUUGUAGUAAAAUCGUAAGACACAAAACACACAUUUAAAACAAAACAAACAUACGAAUCGUAAUUAGCCAUAACACACACACACACACAC